AUUUAUUAGCACAUAGCAACAUGGAAGGCUGGAAUCUAGCUUCCAACCAAUUCCUGGGCUUGUCGAACAGUUUUUCCCUAGGAAAGACCUUAUUAAAUUACUCCGACCCCAAUUUCAGUCAAGUCGUUGCUGCCAAAAAGGCUCUACAAUUGGCAUUCGACAGCACCGGUGACGAAACCGAUAAAUCAGUCAUUGAAUUAUAUUUAGCUGCGUGUGAUGGCGACCUUGUUACAUUAGAGAAUGGAGUGAGAAAGCAUAAAGAUCUUGUUAACUCCUUAUAUCCUACCGAAUCAAAAGGUAUUUCCUUAUUAAUCUACUCAAUUUGCUUUGACAAUUUGAACUUGGUUGAAAGUUUAUUGAAUCAUGGUGCAGACCCCGACUUAGCCGACAGUAUAAUUCAGUAUACACCUAUGAUGUGGGCUGUAUAUUUCAAUCAGCUUGACAUUGUCAAGGCGUUGUUGAGUAGUCAGGCGGAUCCAUAUUUAAGUCCUAAAGAGGAUGGCAGAAAUGCCGUUAGUAUUUUAAAUCCCGAUCACACCGAGAUGGCUGAAUAUUUCAGAUUGCAUAACCUCAACAACCAUUCACAGAACAAAGAUGAUAUUUAUGAGGGUAACAGUUUUGGGCCUGGGGAUGAGAUGGAUAAUUUGGCAAAUGAAAUAAGGUUACAAGCUAUCACUGGCGAUUCUUCUGUUUCCCAGGAACUCGAAGACGAAUUGAAAAUGGAUGCGUACCACGAAGAGAACGAAUUAGCUAAUGAUCAUGUACUUGUUCAACUCAAAGAAUUCGAGUACGAUAAAGUAUUACCUGAUGAGUACCUUAAAUUUAACGAUUCAGAUAUUCCUCCAUUAUUGGAUUACAUUUUCGACUUGAGAACCCAGAAUAUUACUUUCCAACAUGAUACCAAGAUACCAGCCGCAAUAAUAUUCCAAUUGGUUAGAUAUGCCCACUUGAAAGUGAACAGCGACGAAUUGACAGAGUUCCUCUUUGAUUGUUUUAUUGCUAGACUAAGGGCCGUCACCAACACCAAAUCAGGUGUGUUUAACAUGAUCAUACAAGAUGAUCAGAGCUCUGUUGGUGGUGCAGGGGAUAUUGUUUUGUUGAGUUACUGGAUGUCUGUCGUACAAUUCUUGCAUUUCUACUUCUGCAAAAAUGAAAUUUAUAAAAAAUACCCCCAGUUUCUUCAGGAAUUGAUCAAUAUCAUCCAAUCUUUGGUAUCCACUUUAUCGUUUUCUAUAAAUUCCAGAUUGAACACUUUGGUUGAAGACUGCUUGUUGAACUUCACUAACUUGGUGGAUGUUUCCAAUGUGUUAUAUGCCAAAGACUGGAAUUUAUUUAAAUCAAGGAAAAAAUUGCAUUCUAAUACUUUUGAUGAUAUACAUGAUAUGUUGUAUCCACCCACUCAAGCUGAACUUAUGAGACCAUCACCGUUGAAGUAUAUUCAAACAUUGGGUGCUUUGGACUACGUGUUGAAUUUACACCAAGUAGAUAACUUGGUUAGAUUCCAAUGUUUUUCUCAAGUAUUCUAUUACAUCAAUGCUAUCAUUUUCAACAAGAUCAUAGCGCAGUCAAAGUAUUGCACCAGAUCUAAGGCAAUUCAAAUUAGAUUGAACAUUUCUGCUAUUGAAGAUUGGUUAAGAUCACACAAUUAUAAAAUUUUCAAGCCUGAUAAAAUCGGUGAUUUAAAAAGUUUACUUCUUUCUUCACAAGAUACAAGAUUCAGCUUAAUUAACUUACUUGAUGAUACUGAAAGAGCAAACAAAAGAAAUCCCAACAAUUUGAUCUUCUAUUACAACUCAAUCUACUUCAUUGGUAAGACUCAAUUACAACCUACCAUUGAGCUUUUACAAUUCUUGCAAUGUAUGUCACUGUUGGAUGACGAAGAGAGCUUGAUUAAUACAAUUAACCAGUUCGAUUACUUGAAUUACUUUCAACUUUUAAAGGUGGCAAAAAACUAUAAGUAUGAGGUUAACGAACCUAAGCUACCCAAACUGUCAAUAAACCUUCUCAAGAGAUUAAUAGCUGAACAGGGAGAAAACCAAAUCAAAAGGAUCAACUUGAGCUAUAUGAUUCAGAACAAGUUACUUCUGAAAGAGUAUAAUAUCUACAUCAACCCCAAUUUCGUCUACAAGGUUUCCCUUCCUAACUUAUCCGAACUGAUCAACAACUAUGGAUCAGGAUUGGGAGGUAUUAGAGUUCUUAGAGCUAAAAAGUUUCAACCUUCUUUACCCAUUGAGACCCUUGAUGAUAUCGAUGAUCUUUUGACUCGAAACAAGAAUGAUUUGAACGACACAUUCACCUAUGACCAACCCGAUGAAGAGAGGGGAGAAAAAGAAGACGAAGUAGAUGAUGAUAAACCCGAAGAGAACUACCACAGAAACGACCCAUCCCUCUUCCGGUCGAAAACGGAUUUCAAAGGAGAUGAGCUUUUCAAACAAGUCCAGCUUCCGGGCUCAUUGGCACACAAAAAUUGGGGAGAAGAUGACGACAUCGAAGCUAAUCCCUGGUAGCAGCCUCGGAGAGAACAAAAAAUACGUCUCGAAGCAUGUGGACCCGGUGCAUGGGUGAUUUGAUAUAUUUCAGGUAUAACCGAAACCGGAACACGAAUUUUUUAAACUUUAUAGAUCAAGUGCUUUUUCUAACAACUUUACCUUGACAUCAAGCCUUCAAUACACAUGAACAUAGAGUGUUUUCUGGAUGAUUACCCUUCGUAAUCUGAAUACAUAUAAUUAAU